ACCAUCUAGCUCGUCUCUAUAUAACGCAAGAUAAAAAAAGCCACCCCCUGUAGCCUCGUAACUGAAAACAGAGCAUUUUUCUCAAACACCAGAAAUGAAGAGCAUCCGAGUUUUCUCCCUUCUCCUUCUAGCAAUCCUGAUUCCAUCAGGAUUAAUCGGUCCGGCCGGCGCCGACGGUCUGGCCACCUUUGUGUUCGGCGACUCCUUGGUGGAUCACGGGAACAACAAUUACAUCGUUACACUCUCAAGGGCAAACUACCCACCCAAUGGGAUCGAUUUCGGUCGGCCCACCGGUCGGUUCACCAAUGGAAGAACCAUCGUCGACAUUCAAGGUGAGGUAUUGAGUGGAGGGAGUUUAGUUCCUCCUUACUUGGCUCCCACUACCAUAUGGCCGGCGACUCUUCAAGGCGUCAACUAUGCUUCCGGCGCCGGAGGGAUCCUCAAUGACACCGGAAGGCUUUUCGGUGGUAGGAUCAGUUUGGACGCUCAGAUUGACAACUUCGCCAACACAAGGCAGGACAUUAUAGCAAGAGUCGGCCCGGACCAAGCUCGGAAUUUUUUCGACAAGGCGAUGUUUGCUAUUGCAAUCGGGUCGAACGACUUCAUCAACAACUAUCUGAUUUCCGCUGACAGAUUGGUCCCUCCGGAAAUAUUUGUCACCGCCAUGAUCAAUAGGUUCAGACUCCAACUCACCGUAAGUAGUUGUAGGUUGUACGAAUUGGGCGCCCGGAAGAUCGCCGUGAUGAACAUCGGCCCAAUCGGCUGCAUCCCCUACCAGAGAGACGUCAACCCAACCGCCGGCGACGACGACUGCGCGGCUCUCCCCAACGAGUUGGCUCAGCUCUUUAACUCAAAACUGCGGACACUCGUUCAGCAACUCAUCACCGAAAGUCAAACUUUCCCCGGCCUCCAUCUGGUCCACGGGGAAGCCUUCCGCAUCGUCAGCGACAUCAUCGCCAACUACGCAUCGUACGGCUUCGAGAACGCCAACUCAGCGUGCUGCCGCGUGGCGGGCCGGCACGGCGGUCUGAUCCCCUGCGGCCCGCCGUCGUUGGUUUGUCCCGACAGGACCAAGUUCGUGUUCUGGGACCCGUACCACCCGUCGGAGGCCGCGAAUUUGAUCAUCGCCGGGCGGCUGAUGGACGGCGGCGCGGAUGACAUCUGGCCAAUGAACGUGCGCCAGCUGGCUGCGAUUUGAGGAAAAGGGGAAUUAAUUUUUAUUUUAUCUAAUAUCUAUGGUUUAGAAUUGUGGGAUCCGGAGAAUAAGAAAAAUUGUAGGGUGACAAAUUGGUUUGUGAGAUCUUCAUAGCGCGACAUAAGAGUUAGUGAGGUUUGGUAAGGGGAAAACUUGAAUCGGACCGUUCAGUGGAAUUUCAUUACUUGUAGUCUGCUAGUCUUCAGUCUUCACCAACCAGUGAAUCUUCUGUCCCUUUCUAAUUAUUCUGUUUGGACCAUCCGAGGAAACUGUGAACCAGAGCCUAACAAUUUUUUUUUGAGCCGAUUGAAUUUGCUUUUAACUCACAUUUGUGGGUAAUUCGCUUCAGUAAACGAGAGGAACUCCGACAUUUGAUCGGAUAUGUGAUGUCUAUGGAUAAAUACUCUAAAUGAAGUUGUGGAGAUCGGUUGAAAAUGAGUUUAGACGCUCUGCCUCAUCUCAUAACCAUCCCGG